AUGGUCCGCCUGGGCAGGCUGCUGCGGCUCCUGACUCUGCUGAAGUUGCCCUGCUGCCUGCUGGAGCUCCUGCUCUCGGAGGCGGCCCAGGGGCAGGAGAUGUACGCGCCCCACUCCAUCCGGCUGGAGGGGGACAUCACCCUGGGGGGCCUCUUCCCCGUCCACGCCAAGGGCCCCCCGGGCGUGCCCUGCGGGGACAUCAAGAAGGAGAACGGCAUCCACAGGCUGGAGGCGAUGCUCUACGCCCUGGACCAGAUCAACAGCGACCCGGACCUGCUGCCCAACGUGACGCUGGGCGCUCGCAUCCUGGACACUUGCUCCCGAGACACCUACGCGCUGGAGCAGUCCCUCACCUUCGUCCAGGCUCUCAUCCAGAAGGACACCUCCGACGUGAGGUGCACCAACGGGGAGCCGCCCGUGUUCGUCAAGCCGGAAAAAGUAGUUGGAGUGAUCGGGGCGUCGGGAAGUUCGGUGUCCAUUAUGGUGGCCAACAUCCUCCGGCUCUUCCAGAUCCCACAAAUCAGUUAUGCCUCAACUGCACCAGAGUUGAGUGAUGACAGGCGCUAUGAUUUCUUCUCACGUGUGGUUCCUCCAGAUUCCUUCCAAGCACAAGCAAUGGUGGACAUUGUGAAAGCUUUGGGAUGGAAUUAUGUGUCCACUUUGGCAUCUGAAGGGAAUUAUGGAGAAAAAGGAGUCGAGUCCUUCAUGCAAAUUUCCAGAGAGGCAGGUGGGCUCUGCAUUGCUCAGUCCCUGAAAAUCCCCCAGGAUCGCAAGGACAAGACCAUUGACUUUGAUAAAAUUAUCAAGCAGCUCCUAGAAACUCCCAAUGCCAGGGCCAUCGUUAUUUUUGCCAAUGAUGAGGACAUAAAGCAAAUCCUUGCAGCCGCGAAGAGGGCAGAUCAAGUUGGUCAUUUCCUAUGGGUGGGCUCGGACACGUGGGGCUCCAAGGUGAGCCCGUUACUUCAGCAGGAGGAUGUCGCUGAGGGAGCCAUCACCAUCCUGCCCAAGCGAGCGACCAUAGAGGGGUUCGAUGCCUAUUUUACCUCCCGCACCCUGGAGAACAACAGAAGGAACGUGUGGUUUGCAGAGUACUGGGAGGAGAACUUCAACUGCAAGUUAACCAUCAGUGGGUCAAAGAAGGAAGACACGGACCGUAAAUGCACAGGACAGGAGAGAAUUGGCAAAGACUCCCACUAUGAGCAGGAGGGGAAGGUCCAGUUCGUGAUCGAUGCUGUGUACGCCAUGGCGCACGCGCUCCACCACAUGAACAAGGACCUCUGUGCCGACUACCCGGGGGUCUGCCCCGAGAUGGAGCACGCGGGAGGCAAAAAGCUGCUCAAGUACAUACGCAGCGUUAACUUCAACGGCAGUGCUGGCACUCCAGUGAUGUUCAACAAAAACGGUGAUGCCCCAGGGCGCUACGACAUCUUCCAGUACCACACCACCAACACCAGCACCCCGGGCUACCGCCUCAUUGGCCAGUGGACAGAUGACCUCCAGCUCAAUAUCGACGAAAUGCAGUGGGGCAAAGGAGUACGUGAAGUCCCAUCCUCAGUUUGCAGCCUGCCUUGCAAGCCGGGAGAGAGGAAGAAGAUGGUGAAGGGAAUGCCAUGCUGCUGGCACUGCGAGCUCUGCGACGGCUAUCAGUACCAGGCUGACGAGGUGACUUGUCUGCUCUGCUCAUACAAUGAGCGGCCCAACGAGAACCGAACGGGGUGCCGUUCGAUACCCAUCGUCAAGCUGGAGUGGCACUCGCCCUGGGCUGUGAUUCCCGUCUUCUUGGCUAUGCUGGGAAUUAUUGCCACCAUUUUUGUCAUGGCAACGUUCAUCAGAUAUAACGACACUCCCAUUGUCCGGGCUUCUGGGAGGGAACUCAGCUACGUCCUGUUAACAGGGAUCUUUCUGUGCUACAUAAUCACGUUUCUGAUGAUCGCCAAACCAAACGUUGCAGUGUGCUCCUUCCGGCGUAUCUUCUUGGGCUUGGGGAUGUGCAUCAGCUAUGCAGCCCUGUUAACUAAAACAAACCGCAUCUACCGCAUAUUUGAACAGGGCAAAAAGUCAGUGACUGCACCUAGGCUUAUAAGCCCCACGUCGCAGCUGGCGAUCACGUCGAGUUUGAUAUCUGUUCAGCUUCUAGGUGUCUUUAUUUGGUUUGCAGUUGACCCACCCAACAUCAUCAUAGAUUAUGAUGAGCAGAAAACUAUGAACCCUGAUCAAGCCAGAGGAGUUCUCAAAUGUGACAUUACGGAUCUACAAAUCAUUUGUUCCUUGGGUUAUAGCAUUCUUCUAAUGGUUACGUGUACUGUGUAUGCCAUCAAGACUCGGGGUGUCCCAGAGAAUUUUAAUGAAGCUAAACCCAUUGGAUUCACUAUGUACACUACCUGUAUAGUAUGGCUUGCCUUCAUUCCAAUAUUUUUUGGCACUGCCCAGUCAGCUGAAAAGCUCUACAUACAAACUACCACACUUACAAUAUCCAUGAACUUAAGUGCUUCAGUGGCCCUGGGGAUGCUUUACAUGCCGAAGGUGUACAUCAUCAUCUUCCACCCUGAGCUAAACGUCCAGAAACGGAAACGCAGCUUCAAGGCUGUGGUCACAGCAGCGACCAUGUCGUCACGGCUCUCGCACAAACCCAGCGACAGGCCCAACGGGGAAGCCAAAACGGAGCUGUGUGAGAACGUAGACCCAAACAGUAUACAAAAUAUAUUCUAACUGGAAAAACAAAAUUUGUCUUCGGAAACUGAACUAUCAUCUGAGCUGUGAUUCUGACAUAAGAUAGUAAGGAAAUGCUUCUCGUAAAUUAAGGACCAUAUUAUG